AUGAUUACCAAUUUGGUACCUAGGGGGAAGAAACGGCCAUCUGAAGCUAAAGAAAACGAGAUUCAGGAAAAGCGACUUCGAGAUGCAUCAAUACCGCCAGUCGGCCUUACUACAUUGAUCGAUAUCGAUGCACGAAGUACUAAUGCAGUCGACCUGGUCGCUGUCCACGGGCUCGGGGGCCACCCGGAAAAGACAUGGCGGCAUGCAGAGACAGGGGCUUUCUGGCUUGAGCAAUUUAUUCCCCAGGAUAUUGAGAAUGCCAGAGUUAUGACGUAUGGAUACAAAUCAGACGUGGCUUUUAGCCAAUCCACCGCCGGUGUGGAAGAUUUUGCAAUAGAUUUGCUUGCGAGGCUAGAGAUAGCCCGUAAAGACAAAUCGAAGAGGCCCAUCAUCUUUAUCUGUCACAGUAUGGGCGGGCUGAUUGUGAAAAAGGCGCUUAUUCUUGCCCACGAUCGACAACAAACUUAUAAUGCUAUCGCCGAAUCAAAGGUUGGUAUUGUCUUCUUGGCUACACCACAUCAAGGAUCUGGUUUGGCGGCUCUUGGCCAGCUUGCAUGUAAGCUUCUCCGCGCAUGCGGGAUGAGGGCUAACAAAAAACUGGUGACAUGUCUCCGCCAGGAUGCUGACAUUCUGUGGGAUAUAUCAUGCCAGUUCGUCGAAAGGUCGGCAGAGAUAUAUAUCAAGAGCUUUUAUGAGACCGAAUGUUUGCCAUUUUUGACCACGCUGGUUGUCGAAAGGAGUUCGGCCGUGUUAUUCCACCCCAACGAAACUAGGUUAGCAAUGCUCAACGCAAAUCAUCAAACGAUCAGCAAAUUUCCAAAGCUAAAGUGCGAGAACUAUGCCUUGAUGCGUACAGCACUUCAAGAUCUACAUUCUAAGGUGACCUUACGAGAUACACACCCGAUCCUAAGUGAUCAAGCCACUGUGAAAAUCGUGAGUACGCCGACAUCUAGACCUGUUGAGAUCAAAGCAGCCGUUAACAACAAGCAGAUUCAACAGUUCUACAAAUCCAACUACAUGGAGUACAAGGCCUCAGUAAAGCCGCCCAUCAAGGACACUUUUUUAUGGUUUCUUCAAGAGCCCCAAUACAUCACAUGGCUCGAGAGUCCAGUAUCAUCUCUUCUCUGGGUGUCUGGGGACCCUGGCUGCGGAAAGACGACACUUGCUUCGUUUCUAGUCAACAGUAUCAACCAGUAUCUGAUUUUAGGUGAUAACGACUUUAUAGUGAUUUAUUUCUUCUUCAAUGGAAAUAAUUUCGCAGAUCAAGUCGACGGGACGGCGCUACUCUUUGCCCUUAUCCAUCAGCUCAUACAAGCCGACCCCGCGCUGGCUCCACUAGUCAAAAAGUACUUGGCUCUUGAUCACGCUCAGUCUGGGUUGAAUCUAGGCAAACUAUGUGAAAUCUUCCGCGCUAUCGUCUCCACCCCUGAGAGGAAGCAUGGUAGGAUUGUUUGCGUUGUGGAUGCCUUGGAUGAAUGUGAUGAAGAGUCAAUGACUAAAAUUAUUCGAUUCCUGACCUCGAUCGUUUUCGAUGACAGUAACAGUGCUAGUAGAGGCGGGUGGCUAAAAAUUGUUAUUACCAGCCGCUACAACCAGCAUAUCUUCCGCUUCUUGCCUUUACAUCAACAAAUUCGACUCGCAGACCACGCAGAAUCCACAACACAAGACAUUGCGACUUUUGUCCGCGCUCGUUGUGCCCAAGUGCAGACGGUGACGCGCUGCUCCGACGCUAUACGCCAUGCCAUCGAGAAGCAGCUGAUAGAGAGGUCCGGCAAUACAUUCCUUUGGGUCUAUAUGGUGCUAGACCUACUUGAGACUAAUACAGACGCCUCACUGGAAUCCUUCGAGGCAAUACUGCGGUCUAUCCCGGAUAGACUAGAUGGGCUAUACAACAGCAUUCUGCAACGCACUAGGUCGCGUCAUGAGCUGCUGCGUACACUAUCUAUCAUUGCGGCCUCGCAGCGUGCCCUUACUCUGGACGAGAUUGAUGUUGCACUCGCAGUCCGACCCGGUGACAGUGAUAUCAGGCAGGUCCAGCAUCGUUGUACGCCCGAUAUUGCCGGGUAUUUAUAUGCUCUUUGUGGACCGUUCAUCAGAAUCUGGAACGGGACGGUGUCAUUUAUUCACCAGACGGCCACUGAAUUCUUACUCCGAUCGGCAGAAAAGCCUGAGUCAACUGUUGAUGAUAGUAUCCACCCGUAUAAGGCGUGCUUGGACAUGGUUGGGGUGAACCAGCACCUGGCUGAGAUCUGUGUUGUAUAUCUUACGCUCGAUGAUGUUAUGGGCGACGGGCGGUUGUCAGACCAUGGCGCAGCUUCGAAUACUCUGUAUCGUUAUGACGGGGGGUCUAACAACGAAAACGGUCCCAUCGUUCAAGAUACCAAGAGCCUGACUUGUCGAAAGAGUGGGAAGGGCGCCGGCCUGUUUGACUACGCUGCCAAAUAUUGGGGCACACACUGCCGUCUGGGCAGCGUCACGUCCUCCACAUCUUCCGUCAGCUGCGAGAACUCUACAAUUUUCACCAAAACUAUUGCUCUCUGCGACACGUCUACAAGUACCUUCCGUAACUGGUUCCAGCUAUACUGGAACACGAUCAGCACGAUCCCGCAGUUCCCUGACGGACUAACUUCCCUAAUGAUAGCUUCACACAUGGGUCUUCCGGAUGUCAUGCGUACUCUUCUUUUGCCCGACGGGAAUUGGAAGAACAAAACUCUCCUUAUGUCUACAUCGACAACAACACGCUCAAGGGCAAGUCACCUGCGGACCGCUGACUCAGAAGGGUGGACAGCGCUUCACUGGGCCGUCUGGAACGGCCACGGAAGCCGCAUCAAUAACGACGCCAUAGCGGUUUUGCUACAACAGCUCCAUAAUGACUACCGUGGGUGUAGCAUUUAUAGAACUCCCCACAAGAACGAUCUGCAUUAUAAUAACCACAAAUCCGACCCAGAUCAACAAUAUCAGACAACAGAGACAAACACUGCGAUUUUAGACAUACAAGACAACAAGGGCAUGACACCCCUACACUGGGCUGCCGCCGACGACCAGACGGGUGUUGUUCGGCUCCUACUCGAGGCCGGCGCAGCAGUCGACAUCUUUGAUGCUGAGAGUAUGACCCCGCUAUUGCUGGCGUAUGAGAAUGGGUUCAUUGGCCCACUUGAAUUACUAGUGGAGUAUGGGGCAGAUGUAAAUGUUCCAUAUUGCGAGCCGUGA